AUGUCUCCCAUAACAGAGUGGGCGGCUGCCCUCAUGAACCCAUCUCCUGUUGCGCUCAUCAUCGCUAUCCUGGUUGCGCUCAGUAUCCCCAUUUUCCUCCACUCGAUCGUCUUUCGAGCAAGUGGCCUCACCACCCUUCCCUCGAUACUACUUCUCGGACCCAGUGGUUCAGGGAAAACUUCGCUCCUAACACUGUUCGAGCGCGGCACAAAUCCAGCGGAUACCCACACCUCCCAGUCUCCCAUCGCCGUCGAAUGCCACCUCCCAGUAGGCGCAACCGCCACCUCAGACAAAUACCGCUCCGUCAAUGACCCCACCGCCAAUUCCACCUACAAGAAAUUUCUCCUAAUAGACACUCCGGGGCACGGUAAGUUACGGCACCACGCCCUAGAUAACCUUACGAAUCCCCAAAACCUGAAAGGCAUAAUAUUUGUUGCCGACGCAGCGACCCUUUCCGCAGGCGACGAAGGACUCCGCCAAACAGCAGACUACCUUCAUGAUGUACUGCUCCUCCUACAAAAGCGGAUGGAGAGCAAGAAUAAAGCUGCCAAGAAGUUAAGAGAUAUCCCCGUGUUGAUUGCGGCCAAUAAGAUGGAUCUAUUUACUGCUUUACCGGCGGCCUUGGUGAAGAGCACUUUGGAGGCGGAGAUUACGAAGAUUAGGACAUCGAGGAGUAAGAGGUUACUGGAUUCGGGUAUUGGGAUUGAGGACGAUGCGGAGAAUGAUGACUGGCUUGGUGAAAUUGGCAGUAAGGAGUUUAAGUUCAGCCAGAUGGAGGAGUUUGAUGUGUUGGUUGAGGUUGCCGGAGGAAAAGUCGCCGGGGGCGACGGACCAGCCGUAGAUAAGUGGUGGAAGUGGGUUUCUGAGAGGCUAUAG